UGUCAGUAGUUUGAGUGUCGUGUGUUUAUGUACAAGUGUUUCGGAGUGUUUAUGUACAAGAUAAGGAUAACAAACAGAAGCUGACUUUAAUUUUCCUUUCGUAUGUAUAUUUAUUAAAAUGAAUUCUAUUAAUUUCCCAGUUUUAAAGAAUGAUCUAAUUCUCCGGGCCGCGCGAGGUCUGAAAGUUGAAAAAGUGCCUGUUUGGAUAAUGCGGCAAGCAGGCCGAUACUUACCCGAAUUCCAAGAAGUGCGCAAAAAACACUCAUUUUUUGAGAUUGCCCGAACACCAUCCUUGGCUUGUGAAGUGACUUUACAACCUGUUCGACGUUUUGAUUUAGAUGCUGCCAUAAUAUUUUCCGAUAUUCUGGUUAUUCCUCAAGCUCUUGGAAUGGAAGUUCAGAUGAAACCCGGUAUUGGACCUGUAUUACCGGACCCUUUAAAAGAACCUGGGGAUUUGGCGAAAUUAGCUUAUCCUUGUGAUGUGCAUAAAGAACUUGGCUAUGUGUUCGAUGCUAUUACACUUACUCGGCACACUUUAGAUGGCAAAGUACCACUUAUCGGAUUUGCUGGCGCACCAUGGACAUUAAUGUGUUACAUGAUAGAAGGAGGAGGUUCAAAAACAAUGUCGAAUGCUAAAGGAUGGCUGUAUAAGUGGCCUGAAGAAAGCCAUAAGUUUCUUCAAAUAUUAACGGAUGUUAUUGUUGAUUACUUAGUCGGUCAAAUCAAAGCUGGAGCUCAACUUCUGCAGUUGUUUGAAUCAAACGCCGAAUACUUGGGACCCAAAUUAUUCAGUGCUUAUGCUUUGCCUUACAUAAAAGAAAUCAAAUUACGCGUUCAGAAUGCUGUUUCGGAGCAAAGUCUGCCUUCUGUGCCAAUGAUUAUAUUUGCGAAAGGUAGUUGUGUUGCGAUAGAUAACAUAAUAACCGCUGGCUAUGAUGUUAUUAGUUUAGAUUGGACAAUUUCGCCUGAUGUUGCUGUGAAGAAGGUUAUAAAAUCAUCUCUCCAGGGUAAUUUAGAUCCAUGUGCUUUAAAAGCCAGCCCAGAGAAAAUUAAAAUUUUAGUAAAGGAAAUGUUAGAGGGGUUUGGCACACAGAGAUACAUUGCAAAUCUAGGACAUGGAAUUUACCCCGAUAUCAAUCCAGAAAAUGUAGCUGUAUUUGUAAAUGCUGUCCAUGAAAUAUCCAAAUACAUGAAUGAAGUGUAAGCGUUAUUAAGAGGAGAGGUUAUCAUGAAAUUUUUAUUAAAUCAUUGAAGUGCUUUA